GUCUCUCCUCUCUUAUCUUCCCAUUAAAAACUAAAAAGUCUCAGCUGUUUUUAUUUCCUUUUCCGUAGAGAGAGAGAGAGAGAGAGAGAGAGAUGGAUAGGGUGUUUUCAGUGGACGAUGACAUGAGCAACCAUUUCUGGUCUUCGGCGCCGCCGCCCCCGACGGCGGAUUCACCUACCUCCUCCGCGGCGGCCGCCGCCAAUUCCUACUCGAAGAUGAUGAUGAAUCGCAGCUCCUCCGAAUGGGCUUUCCAGCGCUUCCUCCAAGAAGCUGCCGGUACCACCACACCUACAAUGGCGUCUUCAUCCUCAUCUUCUCACCAUAACGAUGUCGUUGAGAUCAAAGAUGAGAACCUUUCUUCUACUCCUAAUAAUAAUAAUAAUAAUCUGGAUUCCAGUAGUACGGCGUUGAAUUCGAAGCAGGCAACGACGUCGUUUCCACCACAGAAUAUUCCCACUGAUUCUGAAGAAUAUCAAGCCUUCCUCAAAAGCCGCCUCGAUUUGGCUUGCGCUGCUGUCGCCUUGAGUCGCGCGAAGAAUCUAAAGCCUCAAACUUCAAGUUCUACGGCACCUGACAAAGGAUCAGAGACUGCUAGUGUAUCACAAUCAGGAUCUAAAGGAUCUGGCCAGGAAGUGACAAAAGUUCAAGAUAAGGAUUCUGGCGGUCCAGUUGGAAUACCCUCCUUGCCCCCAGUGCAGAAAAAACCUGCAGUGCAGGUGAAGUCAACAACCAGUGGUUCAUCUAGAGAGCAAUCUGAUGAUGAUGAAGCUGAAGGAGAAGCAGAAACAACUCAAGGGACGGAUCCAGCAGUUGUGAAACGUGUGAGGAGAAUGCUUUCAAAUAGAGAAUCAGCCAGACGUUCAAGGAGAAGAAAGCAGGCCCAUCUCACAGAACUUGAGACACAGGUUUCUCAACUGAGAGGAGAAAACUCCUCCCUACUGAAACGUCUGACAGACAUAAGCCAGAAAUACAAUGAAGCUGCUGUUGAUAAUCGAGUCUUAAAGGCAGAUGUUGAGACAAUGAGAGCGAAGGUGAAAAUGGCAGAAGAAACUGUUAAAAGAGUUACUGGGGUAAAUCCAUUGUUCCAAGCUAUGUCUGAGAUAUCCUCAAUGGCAAUGCCAUGCUUCUCCGGUAGUCCUUCCGAGACAUCAGCAGACACUGCUGUGCCUGUGCAAGAUGAUCCGAAACAUCACUACUACCAACAACCGCCAAAUAAUCAUAUGCCAACCCAUGAUCCUAGAAUCCAAAAUGGUAUUGCUGAUGUUCCUCCAAUAGAACAUGUACAGCAGAAUCCUGCAACUUCAGCAGUUGGGGGGAAUAAGAUGGGUAGAACAUCUUCAAUGCAGCGGGUGGCUAGCUUGGAGCAUCUGCAGAAGCGCAUCCGUGGAGAAAUGAGUUCCUGUGGAACCCAAGGCCGGGGAGAGCAAUAAACAGGGCUAAAGCCACCAGCUGCACCGAAGAUUUUGCACAUGUAUGUUGAUAAAAUUAUACUGUUAUUAUCCAUCUGUGGCAGGAAAAAUGCCCAUUCUUUUGUAUGCAAUGCCUUCUUGGAUGAGACUAAUGCAUUGACAUCUCUUUCUCCUCUGUA